AUGGCCCUUCCCAUUAUUCUCUGCCUAGUUGUCAUCUUGUGGGUUUCCUGGCGCCUGCUGGACGCCUUGGUCCUGUCUCCCCUUCACCGGGUUCCGGGACCGGUUCUUGCACGCCUCACCCCCCUCCGAGCGAUCUAUGCCCGCCUCCCCAGCCGGGUCAUCCCCGCAGCCCUGGCCGACUUCCAUACCUAUGGGGACAUCUACCUCUCCAAACCGCGGACCAUCACAAUCAGCCAUCCCCGGGAUGUGCGGGCCAUCCUCGCGUCUUCCGAGUUCCAAAAGAUUGACGUCUAUCAUGGCCUUAAUGACCCCGUCAUGGCGAAUAUCGUCACCUUCAGUGACCCCAAGCUCGCUAGUCGACGGCGCCGGCAGAUCGGUCCGUACUUCAAUCCCAGCUACCUGGCAAAAAUGGAGGAGCUGAUUCUGCGGAGCGGCUGCCGAGCUGUGGCGGACAAGUGGGAUCGAUUGAUUGCUCAACAUGGCCAUGGCCCCGGGAAAGCAGUCAAGGUGAACUACCGCCACGACCUGCAGCUGGUCACCUUUGAUAUUAUGAGUGCGCUGGCAUUUGGCCGGCGGCUGGACUCGCUGAAGGAAGAAGGGGAAAGUGUGGCGAUCGUGGAAUGGAUCAUGGCGACAGCCGUCUACAUCGGCGUGCGGAUCAAUUUCCGGCUGCUUAUGGUGUUUCCUUUCUCGCGGCUGGUGCGGCGCUGGACCAGGGCAUAUGCGGAGUUUGUUCAAUUCAGCAAGCACGCAGUGGCCAGUCGAAAGGAGCUGCUGGCACAAGGAUGCCAGAAGCCCGUCGAUUUGCUCCAGGCAUUUAUUGAUGCAGAAGACCCCGACUCCAAGGUCAAGAUGACGGCCGUGGAGGUGCAGGCCGAGAGCGUGGGCAUGCAACUGGCUGGGAGUGAGACGACGGCCGCCUCGCUGACCUGGGCGGUGCAUUUAUUUACCUUGUAUCCCGAGUAUUAUCGGAUGGCUGUGGAUGAGGUGCGUGGGCAGUUUGGUCCUGACCAUUUGAUAACCUAUGCAGACUGUAAUCGGCUGGUCUUCCUCGAGGCUUUUGUCUAUGAGAUGCUGCGGUACACGCCCAUUACAUCGAGGGCACUAUAUCCCCCGGGCACCGAGAUUGCAUUCAACCUCAUCGCCAUGAAUAACCGCGAGGACGUCUGGGAGGAACCAGAGAGGUUCCUGCCGGACCGGUUCAUCAAGAAUCCCGAUCUGAAGCGGAGUGUCUUUGCCUUUUCGUAUGGGACGCGCAGCUGUAUAGGGCGCCAUCUGGCAUGGAUGGAGAUGAUGACUAUUCUGGCGAAUCUGCUAAAGGACUACGAUUGGAGUUUACCAGAAGACAGUCUGUACGGACCGCAUCAUGUAGACGAGCGGGGGAUCCCCAUUCGCAUGCCGUCCAAGUGCCAUAUAGUGUUUGCGCCUACGCAUCCGGACCGAGACUGUCAAUUAAUGAUAAGCCGGCCAAAGACCUAG